GUCAGCGGGGCUAGCAUACCAGAGCUGUGUGGCUGAAAACUUGUGGCAGCUAGCGAAAAAAGAAACCGUCAGAAGAGAAGAUGGCGAGAGGCUGUCGGAACCUGCGGAGAAUAGCGGAGUACCUGAAACCGUUGCCGAGUCCAGCGAGCCGAGAAAUACAGAGCAGGAGCAGCGUCAGAUACCUGUCGUCAUGUGGGAUCCUGAUGACGCGAGCCCCUUCCCUGCUCGGACCAGCCAUGCCACGCCGGGCCGUCGUGCUCCCGGCGCGCAGCUUCUUCAACUUUACCGACUCUUUCUCCAAGAGGAAGGAGUACUCGGAGAGGCGCAUCAUCGGGUACUCCAUGCAGGAGAUCUAUGACGUGGUAGCGUGCGUGGAAAACUACUGCCUCUUUGUUCCCUGGUGCAAAAAGUCGGACCUGGUGUUCAAACGCUCUGGUUUCUGCAAGGCCAAACUGACCGUGGGCUUCCCCCCUGUGGUGGAGAACUACACGUCCCUGGUCACGACAGUACGACCUCACCUGGUCAAGGCGUCCUGUUCGGAUGGGAAGCUCUUCAACCACCUGGAGACGGUCUGGCGCUUCAGCCCGGGCCUCCCUGGUUACCCUCGAACCUGCACCGUGGACUUCGCUAUCUCCUUCGAGUUCCGCUAUCUUAUUCACUCUCAACUCUCUCACAUCUUCUUCGACGAGGUGGUGAAGCAGAUGGUUUCUGCGUUCGAGCGCCGCGCCUCCAAGGUCCACGGGGCCGAGACGCCCAUCCCCCGGGAGCUCAUGUUUCACGAGGUCCACCACACGUAGCGCCGGCCUGGACCCAGCAGCACCAACACAAACGAGUCAACACGAAUGCCAAAGAGACAGAAGACCCUCCUGUGCUCAGAGUGAAAACUGCAGUGCCUUUCCCACAACGAUGAAAGUUUUCAAAGCCGAUCCAUCGGCCGAUUGUCGCCUCGGUGCUGAACCCAGGGUCAGACCCCCGUCUGCACCUGGACCUGGACCCGUCUGUUUGUCGUCUCGUCCGUAAACCGCAGUCAGCCGUGAAGCAGAGCUGACCAACGAUGUGCACGACUCGGAUUGUUGGAAUAUUUGCACAAAGAUUCUGAAAUUGAAAGAGUCCAAACGUCUGCUGUCAUGUGUGACGGAGCUUCAGAGAGUCCAGCUGAAACCAGAAAAUGGGAAGUUUUUAAAAACGCUAAAUGUUUUAUAUUUACUAACAAACUUUGUAAAGUUUUAGUCAAAUGUGGGAGAACAUUUUCUGGUUCCAGGGAGGAUCUGAUGCUCGUCUUUGCUGAAUUGCCCCGGUUGUUGGAAGAAGUUGAGGGCAACUUUUUUCGGGGCAUUUGUAUCUUUUUUUUAGGGGAAGUAGGAUCAGUUUUUAUUUUCUUCACUGACAAACCUUUUUCUAAUCUCUGGCUCUAUUUAUGUCUGGAGUUUUAAAAGUAUAAAUCUUGAAACCUUUGAUGGUAAGAGGAGCGUGGCGCCCUGUUGUAACUAAUGUGAUCUCAGGAGGUUUGUAAAGUAGAAGAUGAAAUAUAAUUAAUCUUGAAAACAAUCAAAACAAACUGAUCCGUAGCUGAGGUCCCGCUCAGGUUCAGCUGACCCCCCCCAGGUCCCGCUCAGGUUCAGCUGACCCCCCCCCCCCCGGGUCACAUCAGGCUCUGUCUGUUUACAGGAAGAGGAGCGUUCAGAGCCCCCUACGGCUAACGGGGAAAGUAACAUUUCAGGUCGUAAGAAUAAUCUCAGUUUAUCCUUAUUCAUGCUCAGUAAUCCAGGUAGAAAUAUCCAACGGUCAGGUCAGGUCAGGUCCUCUGGACGGAUUAAAAAAAUGAAAUUGUUGAAACGUUUUGUCUUUAGCAAUAACAACAGUGUAAGAGGUUGUUAUUAACUAACUAGCUAGUUAAUAACUAGCAAUAACAGCAUUG